AUUUCUUAGCAAUUUAACAGAUCAUGGAAAUUGAAAUGAAUAUUCCACGAGUAACAGAUUGCGGACUCUGGGGCUGGAGACCAUCUUUCUUAAAGAUAUUCAACACUCCUAAUAUGUACCUGGUCCUCUUCUCCAUAUCCUCUUUCGCAAUAUCCACAACUCUGGGUAUGAACCAAGUGCUGAUACCCACCCUCCAGCAACUCUUCAACUUGAAUUCAAAGCAAAUUGGUUUGAUUCUCAUCUCAAAUGACUUGUCUGGUCUUGUUGUGGCGUUCAUAUUCGGGCAUUUUGCCAGCAAAGGAAAGAUGAGGUGGCUACUUUUUGGAGUGAUAAUCAACUUGAUAGCAAAUCUGUUGCAAAGUGGUACACAGCUCUUUGUCAAGCUUCCAGAACCAUCAAACAACGUGACGACAUCUAUAAUGGGAACAAAGGAAGAAACCCUGGCCCUCUGUACCCCGGGUGGGGGAGAUGACAUAUCAAUCAACCUCUCCGUGGUGGACUCAAUGUUUUAUGCUGUUCAGAAUAAUAAAUUGUUCUGGAUCCUCUUCUUGGCAGGAAUAUUGCAGGGUAUAGGAUCACCUCAAGCAAUUUGUGGUUUGACAUAUCUAGAUGAAGUGAUGACAAAGAAGAAACUUGGUCCAUCUGUCGCUGUUAAUAAUGUCAUCAAUCUGCUAGGGUUUUCAGUAUCUUUUGUGUUUGGAGCAUAUCUCCUGACACAGUAUGUCACCUUGGGUACACCCCCAGAUGGGGUGACACUGGGAAGUGGACAGUGGGUGGGCGCAUGGUGGAUGGGGUAUCUAGCACCUGGAAUCUUGCUUGCUCUUUCUGGGAUACCUUUAAUACUGUUCCCUACGCAGAUGCCAGCAGCCAAGGCAGUUCUACAAGAGAAGAUAGAUAGCGGGGAGGCAAGUCAGCAAGAAAAGGACUCUGAACUGAACCGAUCAUUCAAGGAGCUUAUAAAGGACUUGUUACCCACUGUGAAACGACUUAUGAAAAACAAGGCUCUACUAUUUCUCCUAGCAGGAGAAGCUCUUAACAACAUCUUUCUCUCGUCCAUGCCAUAUGAUACUAAAUUAUUAUCAGACCUGUUCAAGAUAUCGUAUUCAGAAACGGGGAUGUUUAUUGGGAUUUUGAGAACAGUUGGCACAGUCGUAGGAUUGGCUCUUGGUGGACUUUACAUGGGAAAAUUCAACCCAUCAGGAAAAACGUGUGUGCUGUUCGCAGCAGUCACCCAGUUUGUAACCCUGGCUGGACCAUUCAUGUCACUGUACCACUGUAACACUGACAUUGUGGCUGGUAUAACAGUUCCCUACCCAACUAACCCUUCUUUGGAAUGGAACAAGGGAAGCAGGAACUUGACAGACAUGUGCAAUGGUAUAUGUAGUUGCUCAACAGAUUUCUACGAGCCCGUUUGUGAUCUGGAGAAUAUGAUAACCUACUUCUCCCCCUGCCAUGCUGGCUGUUCUUCAUAUAACGAAAGUAGUGGGAUCUAUCAGAGUUGUCAGUGUAGUCAGGCUGAUUUAGUCCCAGGGGCCUGUCCCGCAGAGGAUUCCUGUUCGACAAAGAAAUGGACUGUUUUCAUAGUCCAGCAAUUACUUGGGGUUAUAAUUUUUAUUAGUCAAUACCCUGCUGUAAAUGUGGCAUAUCUUAGAGUGGUUCCCGAGAUUGACAGGUCAGCGACACAAGGCAUGAAGCAGUUCUUUACACGUGGGUUUGGGUUCCUACUAGGACCCAUUAUAUUUGGAGCUAUCAUUGACAACUACUGCGUAGUGUGGAGAGGUGGAGGAAGCUGCUGGCUCUACGAUCUCCAUGAUAUGAUAGUGACGUUUACGGUCAGUCAGUUGGGAUUCCGCAUAGCAGGUGCUAUCUGCAUGUUUAUUGCAUGGAGACUGUACCCAGCACAAGCUGCUUACACGUAUAUCAAAGUUGAUGAAACAGCUAAACUCUAGAAUAUGAUUAAUAACCUUUAACUAUAAAACACAUUUUGAACCACAGAUUGUUGCAUAAUUUUUAGAGUAGACUCAAUUUCAGUUCAGAUGUCAUUGUUUGAAUUUUAUGGUUUAUUCGAUGGAAAGUUGAUCUUUACAAUCGAAACAUUGAUGGACUUUGAAAUUACUUUAAUUUUUAAUUUCAAUCAGAUUUGACAGCGAAACUUUUGUGAUUCAGUUACUAUUAGGGUGCAUCUACAUUGUAGUGUACUGUAAGCAUAGACUAUACUUUAAUUUAUUUACAAGCUAUGAUAUUUGUUACACAUAAAUUCUAUUAUAGAAAUGACAGUAUCUAUCAUCAUUA